UUCCGGUUUCAUCAAAGUUUUAGUUUUUUAAAUAUUCUAUUUUUGAAGGGCAAAUGGCCAUGGGCGGCUGCUCCGAAUGUAGGGAGUGGGAAAGGAAAUAUGAAGCAGUUGAAAAAGAAUUUAGAUAUGUGAAAAACCUCGCAAACAAAGGUGUAAUUGAGCAUGAAGAUUUGUUCUCGAAGUACGAGGAAAAUAAAAGACAGUAUGAUGAGUUGUGCCAGACACUGGAGCAGAAGGACAGGGAUAUUGAAAAGCUUAGAAACAUUAUUCAACCAUUUGUGGCCGACUUCCGAGAGUUAGAAGUGAAGGCCGAAAUCCAAACUGCAUUGAGGCAAGAUGCAGAGAACUAUGCUCGUAAGGCUCACAAGCAGUACAUGGACAUUAAACGUAAAAGUUUGAACAUGUGUCAGAAGUUUCAACUCUCGGCGGCUUCCAUUGAUGUUGAUAUUGAUGCGGAGCCAGAGGCAGAGGUGGACAGAAGUGUGGCUGCUUUACAAGAGCGCAUUGAAGAUCUUGAGGAGACUGUGGAAGAUCUCGCAAGUCAACUGGACCGGUGCAAGGAGGAGAGGGAUGAUGCGAUUUGUAACGGUAAAACUUACGAGGAUGAGUGUAACUCAUUAAAAAGACAGAAAGCUGAGGUUGGUGAAGAGUUGACAAAUUAUCAAAAGAUGACAGAUAGCUUUAAAAGAGUAUCUUUUCUUGCGCUCGAAGAAAUCACUGAACUGACGAAGAAAUAUGACAUCGAGAAGACGUUUAGGGAAGAGGCAUUGCAAUUAGCACAAGGGCUCCAAAAAGAGAAGAAGAUCAUCCAGCACCAAAGCCAAGCAGUCAUGGCCUCUGCGUUCUCGGAUGUGAAACUGCGGAAUGCGCUGUUGCAAGUUGAGGACAAGACGCGUGAGAAUGAAACGAUGAGGGGAGAUUAUGACAAAAAGAUUAGAGAAUUAGAGAAAAAAUGUUCCGAGUCUUUGACGCAAGAGAAGAUAGCGCAUCUCGAACGCUGCAUUGAGGUUAACGAAUUGGAGAUAGAGCGUCUCAAUAAAAGCAUCAGUGAGCAAAAGAAGAAGAUUGAAACAAUGGACCACGAUAAGCGCUGUCUCCAGGAAAGGCUUGACAUGUCUAAUAAGAUGAAUCUUGGGGCAGCUCCUCCGCCGCCCCCUCCACCGCCUCCAAUCAAGGCACCUGUAAAAUUCACCCUCUUCGGUCAUAAAAAAAAGGUGCAAGCAGGAGCUGCUGCCGUAGAUGCAAAGAAGAAGGUGGCAGUGAAGGGAAAUGAGAAUUAUGAUAAAGCUCUGGAAGAACUCAUGAAGAGGAUCAAAGAGAGGGCUCAGAAAGAGGAGGGCAGGUCUACUAGCUUGGAUGCUUUAGUAAAUAAAGACAAGAAGAGGAAUUCACGGGUUGCCGAGAUCAACAAUGUUCUGCAUAGCUUGGGCCCUUCAAAACACCCGACCCGAUCCCGCCCGGUAGUAGCGCAAGAGAAGACUGAGGUGAUGACCGAUUUUGAAAAGAAAAUGAGUCAAAGAAAGAAGAUAAGUGAUGCUGGUCUGGUGCAUGGGGUAGAAAACUAGUUCUAGGGAUAAGAAAUUUCCAAUCUUUGGAGCAUUUUCGUUUUUCCCAUCCUAGAAAUGCCGGAAAGGGCUUAAAUCCAGAAUGGAAAUCGAAAGAUCUGAAUGCUCUUUAAUCAUGUAGGCACUGUUUGGUGCACUGAGAAUAAUUGAGUAGGGUUUAUAAAGUAAACAGUGCUGCUCAUAGCAGAUCUGGUCAGGUAUUGGAUGAUAAAUACAGUAGAACCUCUCUAUUAAGGACACCCUCGAGACUGACAAGUGCUGUCCUAAUAGAGAGGUCAAAUUGAAUGGAAACAAAAAAUUUGAGGCCAAAACUUGUGUCCUUAAUAGAGAGGUUGUCCUUAAUAGGGAGGUGUCCGCUAAGGGAGGUUCCACUGUACUGCCUGUAAUAAAUUGUUGGUGCUGAUGAUCUGUUGUGGACGGCUCUCACAACUACAGGUUCCUGGACUGUAUAUCAUUCGGAAAUGUUAUGCCUGCAUCAUUUUGGGCUCUGGAGCUCAAAUGACUUGUUGGAUUCCUUUGAAGAUUGAUCUUUGGUUCAGAAAAAAACAGGAUGUCGGGGUAUUGGAAUUUCGGUGCAAAAAUAAAUUCUUCAGCGAGGCCUAAUGGUCAUUCAUUGGGUCAUCUGGAUAGGCCAUAUUUUCUUUCUAGGUAUUUUUGAUUCAUUCUUGGUACAUAAGUAGAUGGACACAAAAAAAAAUAACAUGAAGACUACACCCCGAUUGGUCUAGAAAUGAACCAUACAGAGUGAAAAUGUCAAAAUCCAACGCACUACGUCCUUGACGAAUACAUACAAAAAUUCAUUGCCAUGGUUACUGACAUUUAAAAAUUCUAUUUGCUUUUGAACCCCAGAUCAAUCAAAACCAAACUCCAGAGAAAUCCCACCAGUAGUUUGCACUCCAGAGCCCGAAUCAAUCACACAUGACAUAUACGCUGGACUAUGAUUAGAUAUAGAAUGACCACUUUUUCAUUGCGGCCAUAUUAUUGUUAUUCAAAUUUUCAACAUAUCGUUAGGGGUCUCUCCUAUCACAGAGUACAUCAAAACUACUUGUGUUCAUUGUACAAGUAAUAUAUUUAUUGCCAAAUUACACCCCAAAUCUUCUAAGUAUGUGAAUUUGUCGUCCGAAGAUUUGACCUCCUCACUCCUGCCUAUAGCCCCCCUUUGAUAAAUGUCUUCAAUCUGGUGCAUAUUUAUGUCAUUCAUGAUUUGUUAGUUUAUAUAGUUUGGUAGUUUAGAGAUUUGACAAAAUAAAAUCCACUGGCCCUCAGUUUGAGAGCUCAGUCUUUGUGUUUGCAUUGUUAAAGGCCUAAGCCGUUCGUUAAAAAUUUUGAAUUUGUAAUUGAAUUUAAAAAUGUCCAAUUGCGAAAAUACAUACUCAAUAUAAAUUUCAACAUUGCCGUUGUGUAGACUGAUAUACAAAUACUAUGAAUACCAAGUUUCAACAAAUUUGUAUUCAUAAUAACUGCACUACGGCAUUUUGUAUUAGUGGAUUUCUAUUUAACUGGACCACAAGUACAUUUGUAAUUACGAACGGUGUACCCCUUUAAGUCAGUUUAACUAAUAGAUGAAAAUAUAUUCGUAUGCUGUUCUGUAGAGGCUAAGAACUCCUUAUGUACACUAUAUAUGAAAUUCUUUUAAAGCUGUGGACAAUUUUCAUUUUGAUUUUGGCUCUGGGGUUGUUUAUUUGACGGCCUCCUUUCUUGGCCGGGAUUUCAUCCAUCCCGUUUAGGCCCCUAGUGAAAAAGUCUAUCUGUGAUACAUUGUACAUGUAUAAGAUCUGAUAGUGUUCUCUGCACCAAUUCAAAAAACGGCAGAGCACCCACCUUCAAAAUGUUAUUUAGCAAUUUCCCCCUUCGACUUCCCCCCCCCCAAAAAAAAAUUCAGAUUGUGUAAAGGUUUUUCCAUUGGAGCUACCCUCUUAAAUCUCACUCCCACCCCUUUUGAAAUUCCCACCAAUGUUUCCUACAAAAAAUCAGUCUUCUUCACCCAUGGAGAACACUUGGUCUUCUGCCAACUUGUAGAAUCAAUAGAGAAAAGAUUACUCUCCUGUGACUAAGUGUUCGUUUUAUUUGUAAGUACAGUAGAACCUCUCUAUUAAGGACACCCUCAGGACUGACAGGUGCAGCUGUCCUUGAUAGAGAGGUGUCCUGAUUAGAGAGGUCAAAUUGAAUGGAAAGUAGCAAUUUUGGACAAAAACUAGUGUCCUUAAUAGAGAGGUUGUCCCUAAUAGAGAGGUGUCCGCUAAGGGAGGUUCCACUGUAACUGUUGUUAGUAUAGUAAGAAUUUGAAGUGUGAACUGUGAAAUAUGAACCGUUUAUAAAUCCAACCUAAGUUGAUCUGCAGUAUAUUAAUAGAACUUCUCUGUUAAGGACACCCUCGGACUGACAAGUGUUGUCUCUAAUAGAGAGGUGCCCUGAUUAGAGAGGUCAAAUUGGAAGGAAACAACCAAUUUGGGACCAUAACUAGUGUCCUUGAUGAUAAUAAUAAUAGUAAUAAUUAUAAUUAUAAUAAUUAUAAAUUUAUAUAACACCGCUUUUAAUCAAGUUGUCAGCGGUGAUUUACAUACAUAUAAAACCAAUUUACCUAAUUAAACGUUGACAAUCUUCAAACAUUAGUACCGGUAGUUAAAAGGUGUUAGAAGUCCUUAUGAAAAUAUCAUUUAUAAAGAUAAGUUUUGAUCCUUUUUUAUAAAGCUGCCAUAGUAUUAGUAUUGCACGAUCUUAUAUCUGCUGGGAGAUUGUUCCCAGAGCUGUGGGGCGCUGACACUGUGAGCCCCGUCUCCAGCAGUCUUCUUCUUGGACUUGCACCAAGUGAGUCUGGGAGCCGUACCUGCCCUGGUAAUUGUAUGUGUGGAAAGAAGCGGCUGUCGAUGAUAGGCAGGGCCACCACCGUACGCAGCCCUGAAAGCAAUAGUUGAAAGUUUGGACUCUAUUCUGGUGCGGACUGGAAGCCAGUGAAGUUACCGCAGGACAGGUGUUGAAUGGUCCCUCUUUUUUGUGUUGAGGACCAGCCGUGCUGCUUUGUUAUGAAUUUUCUGUAAUCGAUUGAGUUGAUAGAGAUUUUUCCGCUAAGGGCGUCUCCACUUUAAAUGAUGAGACCGGUUUCUCAUACUUUUUGUAUGAAGUGCAUUGUCCUUUGCUACCUAUAUUUUGUAUUCAUGCUUUUUCACAUGUAUACAUUCUAUGUGAUAUUACAGAAUAUUUAUACAUAGCAGUUUAAGAGAGGUGCAGCAAUAUAUAUUUUCAUAUUAUGUAUUUUAUUAGAGUCUUUUAAAAAUGAAUUACAUGUCUAAUGUUCAAAUUUAAAAUGUUGUUAAUUUGGAGCUCUCUGGAAAGAGUUUCCAUUCAGGAAUUUUGUUGUGGGAAAAAGACCAUUAUUUGAUGCAAGUUUUAGACAAAAAAACAACCUACGAUAAGACAGGUUGACAAUUGCUAACUGAAUCGUACAAAAGUAUGUGGUAAGAUGACUCCGUUGGCUAAAGUAUGUUCAAUGUGUACAAGGGUAAGGCAGGCCCUCGGGGAAUUGGCAUGAUAUUUACCUAAUGUUCGAACACUAUUCUCCCACAGAGAAACUGGCUUAAGGAAUUGAUAACAAACUGGAGGUUUUGGUUGUGUGACCAAACACCGCAAGGUUGGAGCUAAAAUGUCAACCAAAACCCAGGUGGAAGCGAAGGUUUUCCCAACUGACAGCUCCACAGACUGGUGUUUUUUGAGACACCCAAUACCGACAUUUAGGUAUCAAUUUCUUUUCAAAAACACUUUAACUAUACAAUGAAAUGCGAUUUUGACUCUGAUUUUCACUGCCUCCAUAUUUUGCACCAACCCAAGCGGUUAUGGUUGCCGGACCAUAACCCCUACUGUCAAAACGAGAUGCAGUGGACGCAUAGUGCAUUAUACAUUGUUGACUGUGGUACAUAGUAUCAAUCAAGGUGUUUUAGAAAUCAGCAUUGAAAUUUGGUGAUUGAAUCAAUAUUGCUAAUACAAAUUGUCAAUUCAAAAUUACAAUCCUCUAAGCAAAUGUUUGUUUUGAUAUGUUUUUUUUUGUUCCUUUCAUUGUAAUUGUAGGACAUUUCAAUAA